AUGGGCUUAUGCUUCUACUAUGAAACAUCCAUAUUAGAACACUUUGCAUGUUUGUGCCGAUACCAAACUCACUUCCCCACUGUUUUUCUAGCUGGUAACGACGUGAAGGACAUCUUUGCCAGUGCGAGGUGUGGAGACCAAUAUCGACUCUUAAAGAUUGUGAUUGAGGAUGAGCAGCUAGCUUUGGGCGAAACCAGGCAAGCAUCAAAGACAUGGGACCAAGAGUAUGACUCGUUAGUCCUGCCUCUACUACAGGACGACCUGCCAUCUUAUAUCCUGUACCGACUGGACUCCUCCAACAACCAGGGCUAUGAGUGGAUCUUCAUGGCCUGGUCACCUGACCACUCUCCUGUGCGACAUAAGAUGUUAUACGCUGCUACCAGGGCCACACUAAAGAAGGAAUUUGGUGGGGGGCUUAUCAAAGAUGAGCUCUUUGGCAAUACAAAGGAUGAUGUGUCUCUGAGUGGCUACAAGAAGUACCUGGUGACCAAGGCCGCACCACUACCACUCACUGCUGCUGAGGAGGAACUGAGACAGAUCAAACUCAGUGAGGUGCAGACUGACAUCAGUGUAGACACCAAGCAGAAGACACUGCAGGGAGUGGCGUUCCCCAUGCAUGGAGACGCAUUCGAGGCGCUCAAACGAUUCAGAGACAAGCAAGUCAACUACGUACAACUUGAAAUAGACUUUGCCAAAGAACUCAUUAGGUUGUCUAACACUGAACCAACCGAGGUGAAAGACCUGCCCAAGAGGAUCCCCACAGAGUCUGCUCGCUAUCACUUCUUCCGCUACAAUCAUUCCCACGAGGGUGACUACUUGGAGUCCACAGUGUUCAUUUAUUCCAUGCCGGGGUACAAGUGCAGCAUCAAAGAGAGGAUGCUCUAUUCCAGUUGCAAAAAUCCCCUGGUGGACAUGGUGGAGAACAACAUGCAAAUUGACAUUUUGAAGAAGCUCGAGAUUGAAAGCGGGGAAGAGCUGACUGGUGACUUCCUGUAUGAGGAAGUCCAUCCCAAGCAGCACGCACACAAGCAGGCCUUCGCCAAGCCCAAGGGUCCCGCUGGGAAGAAGGGAGGACGCCGCAUCACCAGACCACCUGGCGAUGGAGAAGAGGAUGACUAAACAGACCCCCCCCCGCCACACACACCCACACGCUCCAUAAUGGAACAUUCCAAGUGAUGGAGGGAAAUAUUAUUUGAGACAACCUCUUGUAAAAUAUUUUUAAAAACUUCUAAACCCUCGAAGCCUAAGUGAUGGAGGGAAAUAUUAUUUGAGACAACCUCUUGUAAAAUAUUUWAAAAAAUAAAAAAUUACAAAAAACUUCUAAACCCUCGAAGCCCACCCAGAGACUGAACUAUGCACGCCAAUGGACAACUGAGCUGAAACACACACUUGAGAAUGUCCAUUUGUAGCCUGCGAUUCAUUCAAAGUAUUUUACUGAGCUAUUCAGAGGUUAGAACAAGUUAAGUAAGAAAGGUUUUUACACUGUUGCCGAGAAUAAAAAAAUAUGUUAGUGCGACUAAUGUGAAUUUGUGCCAAUGUGACGAACCCUCCAUGAGUUGAGUUCACAUGCUUGCAAUCAUUCCUUGCAUUCCUCUAUAGAUCAAUGCCAAUUUGUUAUGUGUUUCCUGUACCUAAAGUUGAUCAAAUGUCUCCAUCGAUAUGUGGGCACAGCUAUGAAGAGGUCCAAACCCCCCUUAAAGAUGUAAUAUUUGCUCCUGUCAUUUUUUAAUUUUUUAUAUUGGAACAUUUUUUUUGUUGAUAACUGUGGUUUACAUAAAACACAUCUGCUGAGAAACAWAUUUUUCUAUGCAAGUGCUGUACAUGUUGUAGGUGUUCUGCUCUGUCUGUGAUGAAAAGGUAUUGUCUGUACUGAUCUGUCUAUCUAUGGUGUCAAUGAGGGUCACGUAACGGAGAGAACAGGGGCUUCCAGUAUUUCACAUCAUUGAUAUAGCUCUGAUUAGCAUUCGAGGAAGCUAAGUAUGCUACUGUGCCAGCUCCUAUGGUGUGAAUGCAAGGUGGGAGUCCCAGAGACCGUGAUUCCAAAUGGAAUUUCUUUCUGCCACAGUCACUUGUCUACUGAUUUAUUGUAUGGCAUAUCACUAGUUUAACACCUCAUCUUCGGACAAGGGAAUACACUCUCAUGAGAACUGUCAUGUUUGGUCUUAAGUUGUUUAUUUUUCUUAAAACAGCGGCUUUUUAAAAAGGAUAAUAAAAAUAUUUACAUCAAA